UUCUUCCCACCGUGUUAGUUGGUUACACUGAGUAUCAACGCUCGGGCGUUUAAAGAGUUACUCGCGUGAACCUGUGUGAGAAAUACUGACCUAUCAUCGGCAAGCAAUCACUUGAUAUAUGCAACUCCUGUGAAACUCACUUCUCUGGCCGAUUGUAAGCAGAAGUUAAGCACGAUUUUUAGGCUGCUGCCAAGGCGCAUUGGACUCAGUCAGCGGAUCUCAGGCACUAGAGCAUAAUACGUUAGAAGCUUAUUCGUGCAUUGCGCCCUUGAGAGCAGGAAACAGAAACCGGUAAUACACCUUCAAAGCAGACCAGAUCACACGUGUACGUCUAUACUAGUGUAAAACCAAGACUGUAUUUUAGUUGCAGGAAGACUGCGAGUAGAAAGGUCAUUUUGUUAAGACUGUCGAAAGCAGGGAGGUCGUUGAUCGCCCCAUCUCGGUACCAAUUGCAGACGGAUGUGUAGAGACUAAUAGUACUGAUGAAUAAUCGACACUUUCCUACGAUGAAUUUUCAUACAUUCCAGCAGAUAAACCCAACUACUCCUGCUGAGUGUAACCAAUUUGAAGUAAAUAUGUCGUGGAAACCGUUUAAUUUCGUUGAAGAAACGACGACUGAACAACAGCCAACAACAAACCAGUACUGGUACAGGAAUAACACAUCGGUUGAACCGACAAGGGGAGCAAAAAGAACUUUAGACAGAACGAAUUCGGUCGACGGAUCGAACGACGGCGAAGGAUCAUCAUGCAGUUCGAACGCAGGCGACGAAGAUCCAGAACAAUUGUCGCCGAAGAAGUCAAAAAAGCAUUCCCGCCGAAGGAAAUCGUAUAAUGCGCGCGAAAGGAAUACCAGACGACUUGAAAGCAAUGAGAGGGAGAGACAACGCAUGCAUUCCCUGAACGACGCGUUUCAGUGCCUACGAAACGUUAUUCCCCACGUCCACUGUCAACGGAAGCUGUCAAAAAUCGAAACGUUGACGCUCGCAAAGAAUUAUAUCGACGCACUCACAAACACAGUCGUUCGACUGAAGACGGAGCUUGACGAGAUGAAUAUGAUUUACGAGAUUAAUAAUAAUUUGGAAGGAGAAAUGCCAACAGAUUUAGAGGACACUCGGGAACUAGUUGAAGCUGCUCUCGGUACACUUGCAGAGUCUUGACUCUAUUACUUUUGUUAAACAUCAAAUUAACCAUCUCUACUAAAACAAAUUGAACAAACAGUUCGUUUUCAGGACAAUGGAUUUGUGUUUUGUAAUGUUUAACAAGUACUUUAACAGAAGUAUAUAAUUUGCAAAGGUAUCAUCUUCUUGUAAUUCCAUUUGCGCCUUUUACGAAACUGAAGAUUAUUGGUCUUUUGUACCAAAAAGGUUAAGGAUUCUUAUUUUCUGACUCUAAAAGGAAUAUGCGACACCCAUGCCUUCAGAUGUUAUCGACUACACUUUUUGAAACUAUCUGCAUUUGAGAGAUUAUAUUUUCAUAAGCUUAUUGUGAACACGAGUUAACGUGUGAACUUAAACAGAAAUGCUAAACUUUGACGAAUUGUAAGUUUUUAGAGAAAGUUGCCAAUUUUUUUUUUCCUUGUAAGUCAUUUAAAGAAAUUUGUUGUAAUUUAGGCUCGUUUAUUGACACUAUCUGGCAACUCUUGGCGGCGCAAUCAACAUGCUGAUUGUAAUUUAAGUGAUUGUGCCUUGGAAGCCACUGUUCUCAUUGUUGUCUUUAUUACUAUUUCUUCAAUUAAAAACUGUGCUUUAGGUUUUUGGAAAUUUUUUUUUUUUCAAAAUACUAUAGGCCUAAACUUUAUUAUUUUUCUUUUAUCUUCCGGUACAGUAGUUGAUAGCGAAUAACUCGCUGUUGAAUUAGUAUGAAUAUUAAUAAUAAAUUUGAUACUUAUAUUCAAAAUUUGGUGUUAAGAACAUUACAUUCCUAUCUAAUUCAUAAGUGAUUAGACUCCUGUUAUUAAGGACAGGGGAGCUUUCUGCGCCUGCAGAAAUACUUAAGACAAAAUGUUGACAAGUGUCUUCUUAAUUUAAUCUCAACGUGCCUAACUAUAUCUUUUUAACUUAAUUUCUUGUGCACUUAUUCUUAAAACCAAAUUCAGCUCGACUUUCAAAUGUUAAGUAAAUUUUUAUACAAAAGAGAUUUAUCGAAAUGAGUAAGAAGUGUCUAAAAACUGUAAAUCGUGCUGGAGUAGGCUUUAUGAAUAGAUAUAACUAUGGAUAUUACUUGGAAAGAAAGGAGCAUUGACGCAUUCCAAUAAUGUACAGAUUGUUUGACGUAAAUUGAAUAGACAUAAAAUAGGUGAAAAAUAUGAAAAAAAAAAUUAUAACGGAAAAAUGGAGAAAAUAACAAACAGAAUUGCCAGUGUAGAUGGCACAAAAAAUAUUAUAACACCGCUUUAAAACAUUUUGACAAAAACAUAAAGAAAACCGUCAUCAAACACUGGCAAUUUGUAAAAAAAAAAAUAUAUAUAUAUAUAUGAUGUUAGUGUAUUACAGUAUAAAACUCUGCGUUAAUGUAUUUUCAUUAUUGUGGUAGCGUCCUUCAACCAGAAGAUGGUUGCUGUACAGAUUCUUUUUUUGUGGGAUAAAUAUAAUAUGGUAGUUUUAGAAAUUAUUGUAAUUCCUUACAGGAAGUGGCGUUAAUUAAUGAUGAUAUGCGUUAAUUAAUGUAACCUGUGAUACUAACCACAUUUAAUAUAAUUGACUUCCAUUUAUUUAACGAGAUGGUGCAGGGUUUCAGUUUAAUUAUUCAUGCGAUCUUUAAGGUUUAUGGAAUAAAUAUGAUAGCUUUGUAUAAUGAA